CAUGGUCCUCGCCCUCAACAGCAGUCACCUCUACGGUAACCUCCGGCCCUUGGUCCUGGAGGACCCGCGGGCGCUGAGCGGCGGUGGGAUGAUCGCCGGCUCCUGGCCCCCGCGUAGCCUGGCAAAGCUCGGCCCGUCUCCCCCCCCGUCGGUGCUGCCCACGGCGAGCCCCCUCCCUGCCAACGACUCCCAGUGCGGGGAGCAGAUCCUCAGCUACGGCAACGUGGAGAAAGUUGUCAUCGGCGCCGUCCUCUCCCUCAUCACCCUGCUGACCAUCGCCGGCAACUGCCUGGUGGUCAUCUCUGUCUGCUUCGUGAAGAAGCUGCGGCAGCCCUCCAACUAUCUGAUCGUCUCGCUGGCCCUGGCCGACCUCUCGGUGGCCCUGGCUGUCAUGCCCUUCGUCAGCGUGACCGACCUCAUCGGCGGCGAGUGGAUCUUCGGGCGCCUCUUCUGCAACGUCUUCAUCGCCAUGGAUGUCAUGUGCUGCACGGCCUCCAUCAUGACUCUCUGCGUGAUAAGUAUCGACAGGUACCUGGGAAUAACGAGACCUCUUACGUAUCCUGUAAGGCAGAAUGGGAAGUGUAUGGCCAAAAUGAUCUUGUGUGUUUGGCUCUUAUCUGCCUCUAUCACUAUACCCCCACUCUUUGGCUGGGCUCAAAAUGUAAACGAUGAAAAAGUUUGUUUGAUCAGUCAAGACUUUGGCUACACCAUUUACUCCACGGCAGUUGCAUUUUAUAUUCCAAUGUCAGUGAUGCUUUUCAUGUACUAUCAGAUUUACAAAGCUGCCAAGAGGAGUGCUGCCAAACACAAGUUUGCAGGUUUUCCCCGGCCAGAAGAAAUGGAAGGGAUUUCUAUGAAUGGAGUUGUAAAACUGCACAAGGAAUCUGAAGAAUGUACUAAUUUUUCACGACUCCUAAAGCACGACAAGAAAAACAUUUCCAUAUUUAAAAGAGAACAGAAAGCUGCCACCACUCUUGGGAUUAUUGUGGGGGCUUUCACAGGCUGCUGGCUGCCCUUCUUCCUCCUCUCGACCGCCAGGCCCUUCAUCUGUGGUACAGCCUGCAGCUGUAUCCCACUCUGGGUUGAGAGAACAUUUCUAUGGUUGGGUUAUGCAAACUCUCUCAUUAACCCUUUUAUAUAUGCCUUCUUCAAUCGGGACUUGAGGACAACUUACCGCAACCUAUUGCAAUGCAGAUACAGGAAUAUCAACCGGAAACUAUCAGCUGCAGGGAUGCAUGAGGCUCUGAAGCUUGCAGAAAAGCCAGAAUUUGUUCUGUAAGGUCACUUAUCCGUUGCUAUGAUAAUUUAUUGUUUAUCAUCUUAGCUUUCCCCCCUCAGGUCCAAAAUAAGAGUUACAUAAAGACACAGGAUUACUGAGCACUGUUAACACAGUCAUUAAGAAACUGGAAAGUAGCAAGGUUAAUUCCUGUACAGCCCACCAGUCUUGGCGAGCCUGGAGAAAAAAGAAGACUAGCUAAGAACUUGGGUGUAAGAGGAAUACCAGAAAAGGGUAAAAGGUAGUGUGGCAUGGUUGAGUUGCCAGUGAGGGAAGAGCAAAUUUGGCCUAACCCAUUUGUUUGGCCCUUGGCCUCAAGCAACUUUUAGUAGGUCUGAAUUUUGGAUGCAUCUUGUGUCCUAGAGAUUUUUUUCUGUAAUAAAGACCUGAGAAUAGAAAAAGUUCAGCAUAAUUCAUUGCUUUCCACUUUGUUGUAAUAAAAAUAAACCAUUUAGGAACAAGCUGGAUCAGAGCGCUUAUGUUGCUAAGAAAUUAUCUUUAUUGUAAAAAACAUAUGUCCAUUAAACAUAAAUUUACUGGAUUACCUGGAAAGAAACUACCUUUUGAAAUUUAAUGUUGCCUUUGCAUAGCAUCAGUGGGACUGAAAGAAUAUGUUAUGAUUCCAAUGUGAAUAUAAGAGUUUGGGUAGAGUCACAUGGACUGACAUCUACUGCUACAUACAGUUGUGCAGCACAAUUAGCUGUAGUGCUGCUGUGUCAGUUACACCAGGUAAAGGUUUUAUCUUAUAUUGCUAACAUAACAAAUAUUUCUGUUUACUAUUUAUUUCAGGUCUGGUCUUUGUCCAUCUUUUAUUUUUUAAUUCUCUUGGCUUUAUCAGUUAAGCCCUUCUCUGAGCUAGAUGGAGACUGUCUAUGCUCAGGUCUUAGUUUCUGUUGAUGUACGUCUAGCCCUUAUUCUGCUUCAGUUGUUCGUUUAUUGUCUAUUUGGAAGCUUUUCUACCUUACUGGGAUUUCUUUCCUUUCUGAAGUUGGUAAGAAAAAAAGAAACUGGGGACUCUAUGACAUUCAGAGACAUCUGGACUUUAUUCUUACAAACUGAUUUUGGUCAUCAGUUCUGCUUAAAAUGAUGUAAAGCCUUGUCUUGUGUAAUAAUCCAGGUCAUUUACUGUUUCCAGUUCAAGUUGUUGUUACCCUUUACUGCUGCAGCCCAUCCAAGUACGCGAUCCUACUUUUCCAGCUUUGGUAACAAAGCUCUUUCCUCAGUGGAGCAGAGUAAAAUAUUGUAACAAUAUUUUUCUGUAUAAUUUAAUAAAUGCAUUAAGCAUAUUAAUAUAUUAGUAGUAAUAUAUUAAUU